GGCACCAGCAGAGCUGUGUGGGGAGCUGGCACUUCUCUUACUCUGCUCUUCACAAGCAUUACGUUCACUGUGAAAACCCAGAGCCCGUCGGCAGGCUGAGCCGGUCGGGGUGGAGCGGCAGGACGCGGCUCCGGCCCCUCCCCGGCGCUGACACUAACCUGGUUAGCCGGGAUGAACGGCCACAAUAAAGUCGCCUUUCAAUACGCUUGUCAAAUGAUCAUCCGGUGCAAGAUAAACUAAUCUCCCAGCCCACCCCCGACGUGUCUCUGGAGCCUCCAUUAACUCCCCUAAAUGUCCAGCCAAUCACUGCACGACAGCUUCCUCCCCGCCUGGCUGGGCCGGGGGGCCGGCGUGGUUGGGGGGGCGGAGGGGGGCAGCUAGAGAAAUGGUCUCAAUUUCCAUCCGCCCUGCGGGGAGCACCAGGUCCCAUCUGCCUGGCGCACGUUGGGCCCUAAUCAGAUUGGGCCGAUUAGCGCAUUGCGACGCCCUGAGCCACCCAGGGCAGGGGCUAUAAAGGCGGCUCCCUCGGCCCCAGCUGGGCGUGAGCUGCCCGGCCGAUCCCCCAGCCAUGAGCAGCAUCGCGGCCGUCGGGGAGAGCUACCAGAAGUUCAACCCCAGAGCCUACCUGCAAAACAACUACAUGCCCCCCCGGGCCGACUUCAGCUCCGAGGACUGCGUGGUGCCCUGGAAGCUGCGGUGCCUGGCCGAGGCCUUCGCCACAGGGGACAUCCACGGCCGCACCCUGAUCGACAUCGGCUCCGGCCCCACCAUCUACCAGCUCCUGAGCGCCUGCGACCACUUCGAGGAGAUCAUUGCCACCGACUACCUGGAGGUGAACCGGGAGGUGCUGCGCCAGUGGGUGCGGGGCGAGCCCGACAGCUUCGACUGGAGCCCGUACAUCAAACACGUCUGCCGGAUUGAGGGCAAAGGGGAGCAGUGGAAGGAGAAAGAGCAGAAGCUGAGAGGGAAACUGAGGCAGAUCCUUCCCAUCGACGUCCACCAGCCCGAGCCACUGGGCUCCCAGUUGUGCCAGCCGGCCGACGCCCUGGUCUCCACCUUCUGCCUGGAGGCGGUGAGCCCUGACCGGCUGAGCUUCGAGAGAGCCCUGCGUAAUGUCACCACCCUGCUGCAGCCCAGGGGCCACUUCCUCCUCAUUGGCGCCCUAGAGGAGUCUUUCUACCUGGCCGGUGAGGCCAAGCUCUCAGUGGUGCCGGUGAGCGAGGCCGACGUCAAGGAGGCCUUGAGCAAGAACGGCUACCACAUCCACGACUUCCGCUCCUACCUCAUGCCGCCCAGCCUGAAAAUCGGCGUGGAUGACGUGAGUGGGGUCUUCUUUGUCCACGCACAGAAGCAGCCUGUGGCCUGA